AAGUAAAACAGCUUAGAUCCAGUGAAGCCUCCGCUCAAACUGAUCUCCUAUAAAACCAACCUAAAUACCUCCUCAUUUGACAGCCCUGUUCUUGCCCACCAACCCCCCCACCCCACUCCACCCGACCCCUCGUCGCAGGCAUGGACACGAAAUGCACCCAACCACCCUCCUCCACCGCGAAAAUAAGACGAACCACUAGCUCCAACGGUAGUGGAACCGGAACCAUAAUUCUUGGCAAGUACAAACUUGGCCGUCUUUUAGGCCGUGGUAGCUUCGCUAAAGUCUACCACGGCCUUUGUUUAGACGACAACACUAAUAUCGCGAUCAAAGUUAUCGAUAAAAAAACAACCAUUACCGAUACCUCAAUGGAGCCCCGUAUAAUACGUGAAAUAUCCGCUAUGUGUCGUCUCAAUCAUCAUCAGAACAUUAUCCAAUUGAUCGAAGUAAUGGCUACAAAAACCAAAAUAUACCUCGUCAUGGAGCUCGCCCCAGGGGGCGAUCUCCACACCAAGCUAAACCGUAGAGGGCGGUUUUCUGAUUCCACCGCGCGUUUUUACUUCCACCAAUUAGUCUCUGCACUCCAUUUUUGCCAUCAAAAUGGCGUUACUCAUCGCGAUAUGAAACCACAGAACCUUCUUCUUGAUCAAAACAACAACCUUAAAAUCUCCGAUUUCGGACUUUCUGCGUUGCCUGAACAGCAAAAAAACGGCGUACUUCAUACUGCUUGUGGGACACCAGCUUAUACUGCUCCUGAAGUAGCAUACAGAAAAGGGUAUGAUGGUAAAAAGGCUGAUUCUUGGUCUUGUGGAGUAAUCUUAUUUGCAUUUCUCUCUGGAUCACUUCCUUUUGAUGAUGAAAAUAUACCAGACAUGUACCGUGCAAUGCACCGUCGCGUAUUUCAGUUUCCUGAUUGGGUUUCAAAACCAGCUCGGAAUGUAAUAAACAAGUUACUUGAUCCUAACCCGAAUACUAGAUUAAGCAUAGAGCAACUAAUGAAGCUUUCUUGGUUCAAGAAAUCCACGACGAAAAUGGGACAUUCAAGUCAUCAUCAGGUGCAAGUAGGCGAAUGUUUAUUUGAAAAAGAUUGUAAAACAUUGGGCAGAGUAAAUGCGUUUGACAUAAUAUCAAUGUCAUCGGGGUUGGAUUUAACCGGGUUGUUUGAAAUUGGAUUGAGUAAGAAAGAGAUGAAGUUUACGACGAGUGCUCGAAUUGGUGAUGUUGAAGAGAAGUUGAUGAAAAUUGGAGAAAAUGGAGGGUAUAAAGUGGAAAGAGGGAAAGGUGGGGGUAUUGGAUUGGUUAAAGGAAGAGUAGUUUUAAUGGUGGAGAUUUUGGAGGUGGCAAUGGAGUUGUUGUUAGUGGAGAUUAAGGUUAUUAAUGGAGGAUUAGAAUUUGAGGAUUAUCAAUGGGAAGAAUUGAAAUUUGGGAUGAAAGAUAUUGUAGUUUCAUGGUACAAUGAUGGGUCUUGAAGUGGAAAGAUGGUGGAUGGUUGUUUUCGUCUUCUUUUAUUUUUUUUAGUUAUUGUUUUGUACUUUUAUUCGAAACUAACUAGCUCGAUUAAUCUGGAUUCAUGCUGCAUAGAGUUUAAUAAAGCGAGAAGUACUCUAUACUUAGAGUUUUUUCAUUCUUAGGACUUGAGACGAUGGAGGAUGGUUGUUGGAUGAAUUUCAAUAGGAAAAUUGUGACUUCCGAGUUCACUAAAAAGGGAAGCGCUCCUUACUAAAAGUUUCUGAUCCCGGUGGAUCGGAGGUUAGUUGUUGGAUGAAUUUCAUUGGGAAAAUGGCAAAGGAUAAGUUUUGUUGCCGGUAUUAGAUCACUAAAAUGGGAAGUGCUCCAUACUUGGAGUUUCUCAAUUCUUAGGAUUUGAUCCCGAUGGAGGAUUGUUGUUGGAUGAAUUUUUCAAUGGGAAAUGGCAAAAGACGAGUUACGUCACCGAUAGAGGUCACUAAAGCUAAAAGCGUUCCGUACUAGGAAUUUCUUCAUUUUUAGGACUUGAUCCUAAGUUCACUAAAGCUAAAAGCUUUCCGUAGUAGGAAAUUUCUUCAUUUUUAGGACUUGAUCCCGAUGAAGGAUGGUUGUUGGAUGAAAUUCAACGGGAAAUGGCAGAGGAUGAGUUGUACAAUGAUGGUAGCCAUCACAGAUGCUAUUGAAUGUAUAGGCAUAUGAUAGUUGUUCUGCUUGGGAGUUGAGAUCUUUUCUUUUAGUGUUUGAAUAUGAUUUUGUAAAUAAAAAUCCUCUUGUUGAUUUUUAGUUGCACAA